AUGUCCAGGAUGAUGGAUGGCAUUGAUGUGCUUGGGCGUAUUCCAUCGGUCGUCUCGGAGAACUCAGAUGAUCCUGAUAAACUGGAGGACUCUAAGCUGUACGAUGAGAGUACGGAAACCGCCGGCAUCGGGGAAGAGAGGUUGGGCGAUAUGUUCGAAGUGGGAGCCACCGAACGGCUAGGUGGGAACUCUGACUGUGUGGAAGGCAUCGGAAUACUAAUGGAAGCAGGUUCGGUCGGCACCUUCAUUGAGCUUACUGCAGAACCGGAGAGACUCAAGGUCAAUGAGGCUGAUUCUGGCUGCACGGAGGGGUUGGCAAGAGCUAAGCUAGUCGCAGGGGCCGAGAAACCCGACGAAGAUCCAGAAGAAUCCCUGGCAUCGCUAGAUGUGUCCUGA